GAGGAAGAGAGGGAAAAAGAAAAAAAGAAAGAGUUGGGGUUGACGCAUGCAUCAUAUGGAGCAGACGUCAUCAAAUACAGCGUACGCACUUAUAUGCCGGACAUUCAAAAUAAAAAAUAAAAUUCAUGCUUUUUAGUAACCACAAAUUACUUCCCUCAGCACCUUACUCUUUUUUUCAAUUGAGGAUGGUAAAAAAAUCUUUAAAUUCUGCAGUUAUUCAAGAGCUUAAAAAGAAUCCAUCCUUAGACUACUUUAGCUUCGCAAAAGCUAAAAAUAGAAACAUGUCAAGGACCAAUUUAACGUAUUCAAUCAUACUCGAAAGAGUAAUCAAGAAUGGUACCCAAAAGCAAAAAAAGAUCGCAAAAAAGCAAAAAGAUUUAUUUAGCGAACGAAAAAAAGAGAAUUCUGACUUUGCGUCAGAAUACAAAAGGUAUUGGACUCAAUACACUGCUCAGGAUUUAAACCAAAAACUCAGUGAUAUUGCCUCAAAUGCCGCUUUAUCAUUAAGCGAAAUCACAUGGAGCUAUAUUGAAGACAAUACGAGAAGAACAUUUGGUCAAACAGUAGUCACAAACCCCUUACAAACAGCCUCAGACCUUUCACCAACAGACUCAAAUUACCCGUCAACGGCCUCAAGCUCCCCACCAAUAUCGUCUACAAACAACCCAGAUAACUUACAAAGUUUUCUGGAGUAUAGUGAAGAUCUUGAGAAUGAUUUGUUAAGUAUGUAUAUCAUAGAUUUAAGUGAUACUGUAACUGUAAAUGUGUUAGAGCAAACCCUUAACAAAGCCACCUAUGAUGAGAUUAAUAAUGAUUGUAUCCUCAAAGCUUAUCCCCUAACCAACGAAUGUAGGGAUCUUUUAGAAAGGAUAUCUAGUUGUCCACCCGCUCUUUCGCCAAUUAGAAAAUUGCUAAUGAAUUAUGUUGAGUUUUCCAAUAAUAGUAAAUUUGAUCCUUAUCUUCAUAAUGAUUAUGAAUUUAUUCAUGACAUCGUAUUUCAUUUCUUAAAAUUAUGCGAAAGCCCAAUGAACCCUAUCUCUCAAACUUUGAAAGAACGCACCGCUGCUACUUGGAUUUCGUUUCCAAUAAUUAAUUCGCUUUUUUUACAAUUCCAAGACAUAAUCGAAUUUAAAUGGAUUGAGGUUCUUCAUUUGGAUUUAGACAACAGCAAGAUUGAUGGAUUAGCAAUUGAAAGAAAAAGCAAGUCAAUGGUCAUUAUUAUAGAGUUUGCAGGAGGCUCUAACACACAUACAGAAACAAAAUUGGAGAGUGAUUGUAUUAAAAUUUACAAAAAUGCAAUUAAAAGUUUAAAAAACGAUGUUAAAAAAAAGCGUUUGUUUACAGUUCUUUAUUACAAUAAUACUAUUUUCUUUGAGAGCUUAACAAUCCAUAAUGAAUACUAUGUAAGAAAAAGACAUCUAGAAUUAUCUAUGCCUCAAAAUCCUAGAGGUCUUAAAUCGUUUGCUGCCCUCCUACCAACUGUGCUUUCUUGGCGCCAAGCUGUUAUUGAUUCAGUCGAGUGAAGUUUUUUACUUUUUUUAAUUUUUUCAUUGAUGAUAAUAAAGCUGAUAUUCUACUAUAAAAAUUGCUAUUCACUUUUAAUAAAAGCUGUAAUGUGUGUGCGUGUGUUUUUUUUUGAAAUUGACAACCAUAUUUGCCUAAGUGGACAUUAUGUUUUUUAAGUAAUGGACGAUAUGAUUUUUCAAAAGCGGCUAUUAUUUUUGCUCAAACUGACAACUACAUUUUAAUAAUUGCCAUUUGUUUUUGGCUCAACGACAUUUAUUUUUCAUAAAGUGACAAAAUUUACCAGACGCACUGUAUUCUAUUAUUUUAAGGGGUAAUUGAAACUAUAACAACAAAAUGAUACAAUGAAAUACAACAAAACCAAAAAAAAAA